AUGGAGGGUUUUUUUCUUCACAGAGAAUUUGGGAACGCGAUUGUGGGGAGAAGUGAAGUGACUGUUCAUGUUCCUGCUUUUCAUCUGUUUUUCCCUCCAUUUCCACACCACCGGCGAAGGCCCCGCAUACGAACAGCACCGCGCCGGAGAGCCGUUCGAGAUGCCACAAGUCUCAGCCGCACCAGGUCGAGGAAAGUCGCGAUCCGCUGCAGCCCUAGCGUCGGCGAUCGAUCUCCAGCCGUCCUCGCCGUCGCAGCCGCGAAGAAACGACCGCACCUUGACGGGGAGGCAGAACGCCACCUCUCCGACACCACCCCAAAUCGCCGCCCCCUGAGCCAACGGCGCCCAUUCCCAUCGCCGUCAAUAGCCAAUUUCGGCCAGGGUGAAGAGGGUGAAUUUGAAGAAGAAGAAGAAGAAGAAGAAGAAGAAAUGGAGAUCUGGGAAGGAGGAGAAGUAAAGGAAGAGGAAAGAAAACUUCCCUUUGAAUCGUGGACUAGCUGGUUCGGUUCGGCCCGAGCACACCGGUACCUGCAAAACCGAUGGGCCAUCGAGCGGUUCAAGGACAUCGUUUCGGAAGGCCCGCGUGGCAGCUCGUGCCACAUGGCGUGGAGGUUGAGGCCCAAGGAAAGUAAAGAGGCCGCGGAUUACACGCUUGAGAUGUCCGAGAACUGGCGAGACCAAGAGCGUGAUCCAACGGCCAUGGAGUAUGAUCUUGAAAUCGAGACGGUUGCUAGAUGUUGUCUCGGCUAUUGCUGCCCGAAUGAAUUGGACGUCGAGCGAGGUGAAAAGGCAAGCAACAGGGAAUUAUGGCCUAAUGUCGAUAGGGACACUUCACCCGAUGCACUUUUGUCGACCAAAAUCGAGGACGGGAGGAACUUAUACAUAGCGACCAACGAGCCUGACACGUCGUUGUUCGACCCCUUGAAGGAUAAGUACACGACCCAUUUUCUCCAUGACUAUAAAGAGCUUUGGGAUUCAAACAACGACUGCUAUUCCGAGAUGACCAAGCUCAAUAACGAGACCCCGGUUGAGUUCGAUGGGUACAUGAGGAUUCAAGUUGAUAGGGAGGUAUUCUUGAAGGGCAAGAAGCAAAUCGAGACUUUUAAUGACCUUACCAUAGACCCCAAGGAUGCGCCUCCUCUAGUUAGAGUUGAGUGGAAAAGAGGUUUAAGUGCUUGUUUCUGA